ACAUCCGGUCUAAUCACCUAACCUCACUUCUUCCAUGCCGACUGCCGAAGCCAAAAUAAACUAUGAAAUACUACAAGCAAGCCUUGAAAUCGUAUUGCAUUGGAUUUUAUGGUGAAUUAGUACAUUUGUAAUUCCUGGCAAAUAGAAAUGGAUAACGGAUUAUCAAAGGUAACGUUUCUAUUUGCAAAGGAACAUCUUUCAACUGAUUGCAUGCUACAAACGUUAGUUGCGUUUUUUUUUUUUUCUUCAAAAAAUGCACAUAUUUACUCUGGUGAAAGCAAGCCAACGCGACCCAGGGAGCUCCCGCCUUUGCCACAGCGAGUGCAAAGGAAACUUUCCUCAGGACAAAGCGAUGACGCUGCUGAAGUGAGAAAAGUCAAGAAGAAGCGAGUGAAAAAGCAGACAACUGAAACAGAUGACACAGACGAUCAAGGAAUGGAGAUGGAAGGCCGGGGCAGCAGGCAGACCUUUCAGAUCAAAGAACAACUUUCACUUGACGCAACCACAGAUGCACCCCCUCAGAGGAAGAAAAAGAAGAAAAAGACACCAACUAUACCUUCCGAUCUUGAAGAUGACCAAGCUGACCUGGUAAAUGGGGACACAGUGGAUCAGACCACUGAUGAAGAACUAGUCAAAAAAAACAAAAAGAAAAAGAAGUCAAAAGUUGGGGAAUCCUCACUUCCAGAUGAACUGGAUGUAGAAGAGGAUGACAUUAUCACAGACAUGUCGUCUUAUAAACCGCAACAUUCUCUGUUUACUGCACCGCAAGGACAGAGUCAGCCAGUUGGAAAGAUCUUUGUAGAGCGGAGCAAGCGCUUCCAGGCAGCAGAGUGGUCAAACAGGAGAAAGACAAGUGACCAAAUGGAAAACCUCAAUGAUUUCCAUCCCAUGCAACCAUGCUGGACCACUAGAGAUGUUUCCCUCAUGGUGCAUGAAGGCUUCAGAAUUUUUGCUCUGCACUGUCAAGGCUUCCUGGCAGGAUUUGCAGUGUGGAACAUUGUGGUAGUGUUUAUGUUAGCUGGCCAGCACCUUACAGCUAUAUCCAACCUGCUGGAACAAUACCAAAGCCUGGCUUACCCAUCACAAUCUCUGCUUUACAUGCUGUUGGCCAUCAGCACUGUGGCAGCUUUUGACAGAGUAAACCUGGCCAAGAGCUCCAUGGCUCUGCAGGAGCUGAUCACACUGGAUCCAGUGGCUCUUGCCUCCCUUUUGUAUUUCUCAGCGUUGCUGUUGUCCCUCAGCCAGCAGAUGACAAGUGAUCGCAUUAACCUCUACCCAGACACCAAUGAAACAUUAUGGCUACCUGGGUCCAAACAUCAAAUUCUCCACUCGUGGGUGACAGUCAACCUUGUGGUGGCAUUGUUGGUAGGCUUGGCCUGGAUCUUCAUUGUCAUCCGACCUCAGAGGGACAAUACCGAAAGUUACCUGACUGCCAUGCGGGUCGAGCCACCCAAGACAGAUGACAACUUGCAAAUAAGCGCCUGACUAUCACACAAUUUUGCACAGCUUUUUGCUCUGUAUUUAUAAAAAUAAAUGUAUAGAUGUUUUUUUUUUUUUUUAAGUUUUGUACUGACUGUACAUGUGAUCAUCUUUUUAAAACUUUUGGACCAUGAAGUAGGCAGGGCAAGACAGAAGCCUCAUUUUAUGAAAUAAAACACAAAUACUUUGAUCUUUCAAACACAUAUGAGUUACACGUGUAUUAAAGUCCAAUAAAACUCCGUCUAUCUGGCCACAAUUCCAAAAGACGUUUGUCACAAAAACUCCAAAUCUCAUCAAAAAAAAAAAAAAAAAAAAUACCUACAGUGAAGCAUGGUAGUGGCAGCAUCAUGCUUUGGAAUUUUUUUCUUCCAGCUAAACUUAUUCAAAAGCUUAGGGUGGAAUUUGGAAUGAUUCCAAUUAUCCGACGGUGCUAGCACCAAAAAGACAAAGCUUCAACUAACUGUAGUUUAAAUUGAACUCAAUUUUCAGCAUGGCAUUGACAGAAAACACACCUCCAAAUAAACGAAAUGGCUCCACCAGAUGAAGCUGAUUGUUUUGAAAUGAUUGAGGUAGAGUUCUGACCUAAGUCUGGUUUCAUACAUGGCUAUUUUACGUUG